UUUGUUGUUCAUGCAGCCCAGUUAAAAGCUAUGGACAUCACAGAUGUGUUUGUGUUCUGCUCUAGUAGUGAGAUGGUCAGGUAAUCUGCUUAUAACAUAACAGAAAACAUGAACUGAAAGGGGCCAUAAAUUGUUUUACUUUUACCCAGACUAUUAAAUGUGAUUUUCCAGUCUCAUUGAUUGGAAUGAAACUUCCUCACCCUCUCUUUUGAUGUGGCCUAAAUUAAUAUGGCCCCCUUUCCCCUAGCACAGACAAUCCUUAAUUGGAGUACCAUGCAUUGCCUUUUCAGAUGCAGAGUUCCUUCUCUCAUAGAUGAGUACAGUUGGGCCGGUUUUGAAGUGCAUCAUUUCCCUGUUGAUGCAGGAGGUGUUCCAACACUGGAUGAAUGUAGCAGUAUGAUUAAGCAGUUACGGCAGUGUAUUAGUUUUGGACGUAAGACAAUUUUACAGUAAGUAUUAUAAUUAAUACUAAAUAGAAAACAAUCGUUGUUACAAGCAUGGUGGAUAUUUAUCUUGUUACUUUGCAGCUCUGUAAAUAUCCACCACAUACUUCAUCCACUUAGUGAAUAGAUGUAAAUAUUAUUGUCUUUAUUAGCCAGUGGUGCUUCUUUGGAAUUAAUUUUCAAAAAUCAAUCAAAAUGUUUCUAAACACAGUUGUCAAAGUUAUGUUACUUAGCAAAGUUGACAACUCACUUUACUAAAUCUGAAUACAGAUAUUUAGUCAACAAUUUAAUCCCAAAUCUGGUCAUUUUAACCGAUUUAAUUUGAAGCAUUAUUAUUAUUUUGAAUUCUAUUGCUUACCUCUUUCUCUUUAAAGCUGUGUGUCUGGAUUAGGAAUUUCUUGUUUAGGUAAGUUUCUUGUGUCAUUUAUACAGAAAUUUCUAUCUUUGGCCACUGAUUACUUUUUUGUUACAACUUGUUUCACCUGAGAUUGCAUUGGAAACUAAUUUGAAAAUAGCAAAGGUAACUUUUGUAUCUGUUUUUAUUAUUAUUAUUGUUAUUAUUAUUAUUAUUAUUAUCAUUAUUAUUAUUAUUAUUAUUAAAUAGAAAAUUCAAUUUCCUGCAAAAAAUAAGUAUUGACAUUGCUCAUUCUCAUAUCUGAUUACAGAAAAUGAAAGUUUAUCUUUCAGAAACUUAUCUAUUAAAAGUUGAUGUUGAGAUUUCUUGGUUCCUAUUAAUUUUAUCACUCUUCUUCUUGGCAAACCCAGAUUAUAAAAGACAAUGUAGCUUUCAACACUACUCUACAUUGAUGUAAUUUUUGCAUUCUUCUGUAUCAGUGGCAGCAAUUUUGUUGUUAAGUUUGGAUGAAACUCUGUCCCCUGAUCAUGUGAUAUCCAAGUUACGACAAAUCAGAGGUCAGAGAGCAUUUCAAACAAUCAAGGUAUGUUCAAGUGAGUUUGAUUGAAUUACACUGAGUUUAAUUUUUUUUAAGUUGAGACCACAAAUGUGGGAAGAUUUCAUAUCUAGAAAUUUUUUCAUUGCUAUUUUACCUAAAAAGUGAAUGUGAUGUGUGGUUCCAUCUGUCAGAAAUUUUGAUUAGUUGUGUGAUCAUGCAAUUAGACCCUGGCUUAAAUUAUAGCAAUAAUUAAAAAUCAAGUAUUAAUGCCCAAGUUUGUUGAUGUAGGUGUCGCAAAGCCUUCCUUUUCCUCAUCCUACAUUCUUGACUUUUGAGUCAAAACCUCCUUCUUGUGUUGUGCCCAGCCAUUGUAUACAUUGUACACUGCAAGGGGGGACCUUCUAGAGCAUUUUCAAGCAUGUUCAAAUGCUAGACAUAACCUUGUGUGUCAAUCAAUUUGAUGCUUCAACUUUCCCAUUCCAGGCAGCUGGAAUUUAAACUUUUAAGGAAAACUUUAUUAAAAUGCCUCACCCAAGUGCAGGAUUUGAUGGUCAUUUCUUUUAGAAGGCAAAAUCAGCAACUGAUAGAGAUAAAACACUUCUGUUUCAGAUCAGAGACUUGAGAUUUCCAGUUCAAAUUCUCCACCCCAGCAAGGCAAGGUUCAACUUCCCCACCCCCUGGGCAUGGACAAUGGGCAAAAGCCUGUGGGUUGCUUUGGGGGGGGGAUGUUGAAGCUUUGAAUUGAUAGAUGCAUUAUGUGAUGUUUUCUUUUGGUUUGGCUUUCUCUCAGGAAUACAACUUUGUCCUUGAGUUUCGGGACUUACACAAGGCUCAUGUUGAAAAUCAGCGGAAUUCUGUUGAAGCUGCGCCAAGAUCACUUUCAAGAUGAAAGGCAAUUAAAUAUUGAAAUAAAGUGUAAAUAAUAAUGCAUUACAUAAUUAGGAAUUUUGAAAAAAAGAUUUUUCUCAAAGUUAUAAAUACAGUGUUGUCUUGUUAUCUUGUUUGAAUAAUUCAUUACAGAACAAUUUUGAUAGAGUGUCAAAGUAAUCCAGAAUUACUGUGCUUUGUGAUUUAUUAUGCUCUCUGAUUGGUCAAAAACAUUUGCACCCCAUCUCAAACAAUCAGAUGCAAAGAUAAAACAUGGCCACAUGUUAUUCACUUGUGUUUACACGCACCUCAGGUAGUUUUUUAAGCCUCAAUUCACUCAAGUAUUUCUUGCUUUGGAAGCCUUUGGUGUGUGUUUGCUUUGAGUUCUUGUUGUUUCCAUAUAAAGUUAUAAUUACUUUGGUUUCAGUUUUGAGGGACACUCAGUUGAAAAAGGCUCUAUUCAACUGUAACAAUUUAAAACCAUGAGUCAUUUCACUGAAAUUUGUAGGGUUUAAGUUAAGAUAAACAUUAGUAUAUUUGCUUAAAAUAUAAUGGUAAUGAACUAAUUUAAAACUAAUGUAAGACAAUGUUUCUGAUAGGGAUGUUUGAAAAUGAAUUUGUUGCUGUACUUGUUAAUGGUUGUUAGCUAGAUCUUUAGAUUUAGGGACCUGUCAUUAUUCUUGGCAGGGGGGGUGGGGAUGAGAGGAUUUUGGUUGUGUCCUAAUCAAGUUUACCUGAUUAUCCCCUAAGGCUCUGUAGUGUUCUAAUGUUCCACCUUAAUUGGCAGUCAAUUUUCUAUAGUCUCCCUGUAUACUCUGUUAGCAACCAUUGAUCCCAUUGCUGUUCCCCCUGAAGACCAUGUAGCUCUCUCAAAAUCCUCCCACCCCACCCCACCCCACCAGGCAAGAGUAUCGGAUGUAUUGUUGUAUUACGUCUUUUGAAAUGCGACGUUUAGAGUUUGAUUUCGUUGUAUAUAUGUUCAACAUCUUACGCAUGACAUGUUCUGUUCUGCUUAACUCAGUAGUGAUGAUGAACAGGAAGGAAAUGGAAGACAUUCAUUUUGACGUGUUUUUAACCAGUUACUAUCACACAAAUAAACAGUUAUUGUUACUGAUAAAGUAAAGUAGUUUUAAAGCUUGAUAUCGAAAACACAUGGGAAAAAAUGUGUAGAUCAGUUGUGUUAAUCUGCUUUGUAGCUGGAUAAGGCG